AUGGUUCACUAUAAACUUACGUACUUUGAUGGUCGGGGGUUGGCUGAAUGUGCUCGCCAGCUAUUUGCACUUGCUGACCAGCCAUACGAGGAUGUUCGUCUGACUAAAGAACAGUUCGCUCCAUUGAAAGCAAGUUUGCCUUUUGGACAAGUGCCAGUGCUAGAGGUAGACGGGAAAGAACUAGCGCAAUCGCAGGCAAUCAAUCGCUAUUUAGCCAAGACUUUCGGGUAUGCUGGAAAGGACGCGUUUGAAGAAGCGGUAAUCAACUCACUGGUCGAUCUGUAUACUGAUUACAGAACUGAGUUUAAUCCAUACUUCUAUGCACUUCUUGGCUUUGCGCCAGGCGACCUGGUAAGUUAUUCAACAUAUUGA